GCGCAAUUAUGGCUAAUUAAAGACACAAUGUCCAGAUCUUUGGAACCUCCCAUAUGUCGUAAAUGGAUGUGCUUGAUAAUCCACCUGCCUCUGAGGCAUCAUGCUCUGCUGCCUUUGCUUUCCCACCUCCCCUUUAAUACCCAUGCCAUUUCUUCUUCACAGAGGAAAAGCAUGCCUUUCACUCAUUUAGAACCCUGCUUUACUGCCCUAGAGUGUGAAAGCCUCGGAACAGUUGGAAAUAUUGAGGUCCUCUAAGGUAAGUGCAUAGCAGCAGUGAUAACACCUAGGCCCAGAGGAAAAGUACACUCAAAGUCAGUUUGCUCUUCAGCCCACAGGUCCCAGGUCCCCAAGAGCAAGAGUGAUCAAGUGAAGGAAUGAAGGAAGAAAAAAAAAGUACUUGGACUUGGAUAUCAUUAUUUCUAGGGACAACUUCAAGCAGACACCAAGCUUUCUGACCCUAAGAACUUUGUGGCAGAUGCAGAAGAGACGAAAGACAGAAUCCAUGUUACUGUUUUGUGAGCACAGAAGAAAAUGAUCAAGGCCCAGGAAUCACUGACACUGGAGGAUGUGGCCGUGGACUUCACCUGGGAGGAGUGGCAGCUCCUGGACCCCGCCCAGAAGGACCUGUACCGGGACGUGAUGUUGGAGAACUAUAGCAACCUGGUGUCAGUGGGGUGUCAGGCUACCAAACCAGAUGCAUUAUCCAAGUUGGAAUACAGAGAUGAACCAUGGAUAACAGAGGAUGAAAUACAGAAUAGAACCCAUCUGGGAUUCGGGAAGCUUGAUAGUCAUCUGCAAGAGCACUCUCAAAACCACAGAUUUCUGAAGAGCACACAACAAUACGGGGAACAGAGUACAUUUAGAAAUGCUGUUUAUUUGAGCAAAAUACAUUUUGCCAUAACGCAAAAUCAUGUGUUUGAUUUAUGUAGAAAAGCUUUGAAAUCAAGUUUGAGUUUAGUUAACGAGAAGAGAAGAUAUGAAACAAAGAAGGCUGUUGAGUUUAAUGGAGAAGAAAAAUCUUUUCUGCAUGGUAAUCAUGAACAUUUGUAUUCUGGAAUUGAAUUCCCUGAAAGUGUAAAAUAUAUCAGCACUAAAUUCCAAGACUUUAAGCAUCAGAGGACUCACAAAAUAGAGAAACCCCAGACAUGCAGUGAGUGUGGAAAAGGCUUCACCAUGAAACGCUAUCUGAUUGCACAUCAGCGAACUCAUAGUGGAGAGAAACCUUAUGUGUGCAGUGAAUGUGGAAAAGGCUUCACUGUGAAGAGUAAUCUCAUUGUGCAUCAGCGAACUCAUACAGGGGAGAAACCCUAUAUAUGCACUGAAUGCGGAAAAGCCUUCACCAUGAAGCGCUAUCUUGUUGUACAUCAGCGAACUCAUACUGGAGAGAAACCCUAUAUAUGUAGCGAGUGUGGAAAAGGCUUCACAGUGAAGAGUAAUCUCAUCGUACAUCAGCGGACUCACACAGGAGAGAAACCCUAUGAAUGUAAUGAGUGUGGUAAAGCCUUCAGCCAGAAGAUAUGCCUCAUACAACAUGAGAGAUGUCAUACAGGAAAGACUCCCUUUGUGUGUACUGAGUGUGGAAAAUCCUAUUCUCACAAAUAUGGUCUCAUUACCCAUCAGAGAAUUCACACGGGAGAGAAACCCUAUGAGUGCAAUGAAUGUGGAAAAGCCUUCACCACAAAGUCAGUACUCAAUGUCCAUCAAAGAACUCAUACAGGCGAGAGACCAUAUGGAUGCAGCGAUUGUGAGAAAGCCUUCUCCCACUUGUCAAACCUUGUUAAACAUAAGAAAAUGCACACAAGAGAAAUGGGUAGAUUCAGUCAAGUUGUAAAUCCUUUAACACAGAGUCGCAGCUCAUUACUUAUUAGUGAACUCCUGCAGAACAGAAGCCCUAUGAAUGUGAUGACUGUGGAAACGCCUUCUGUGGCAACCGAGACUUCAUUAAACAUCAGUGUUUCCAGCAGAUUGGAAUGUAAUCAUGGUACUGCUGGCUGUUGAUGUGUGUCCUGCGGAGAUUAAAAACUUGUCUAGGAGGUAAAUCUGGUGGCUACGGUGAAUGUGUUGUAGUGCCUUCAGUGAUCCUUACCUCAUAUUUUCUGUCAGUGAAAACAUGUUGGGAAAACUCUUGAUACAUUCAAUGUGGAAAUGCCUUGAGCAAAACUUUCUAGCUUCAUUAUAUUCUGAAAAGUGUAUACGGAGAUAAAUUCUGUGAAUGCAGAAACUAGAAAGGCCUUCAGGGGGAAGGUAGACUUUAUUAUCAGAGAUCAUCAUAAAUCAUCAGUGAGCUUAUUGUUCAUAGAAAUAUGAUUUUUUAAAAAAUUUAUGAUGACCAUGGGAAAGCUUUUACCCAGAAAGAAGACCUCAGUGAGGGUCAGAGUCCACACUGGAGAAAAACUUUAAGAGGACGAUAUAUGGCAGGAUAUCAGUGACACAUUCUGCCUCGUUUUGUCAGGAAAUCAUAUAGAAAUGAAAACUUCAUGAACAUACUAAAUGUAGAGCACCUGCAGUCAAAUAUCAGAGAACUUAUGAAGGAAUGAAGUCCUGUGAAAGUGGUAAAUGUCAGAGUGCUUUUAAAUGUUACAAGUCUGACCUCAGUAUACAUCAGAUAAUUCACCUGAUGUACAUUUUCAGAUGAUACUUUGAAACCCUUUUCUAGUGGCCUUGUCAGUAAUUCCUUAGUUUUAAAAAGUAUAGUCUGCUUUCCUCAUCACUGAUUAAUAUUUAUUGUUAUACACCAUGCAGAGUGUUCUAUGGAGUAUUCUAGGACUACUCUGUAUUAUUGAUUUUUUACCUUUCUUUGGCUCUAAACUUAAUUGUAAAUUUAGCAUACUAAAGUAGUUUAAAAGGAAACUGAAUGUUUUAAAUUUAUAAAAUAACAAGUAUUUGUACUUGCUUAACUAAAUUUAUAAAUAUGACCAAAUAUUUUAUAAAACCGCCUUCCGAGUUAUUUUUAUAAAAUGUUUAAUUUGAAAUCAUUUUAACUUAUAAGAAAUUGCAAAAUAGUCCAGAGACUUCCCUAGUAUCCUUUACCUAACGCCUUCCAGUAAAAACAUUUAUGUAAGCCACAUCUUACUGAAUCCAGGAAAAUGACAUUGGUAGUAUACUGUUAGCUAAGCCCUUAACCUUAUUUGGAUUUCAUUAGAUUUUCAUGUUUUUUUUUAUGUUGUAAUUCUAAGAAGUUUUAUUACAUAUAUAGAUUCAUGUAACCACUACCACAACCAUCAUGUAAGACUGUAAUCAACACAGAUUUCCUCAUUAUACCUUUUAUGCUCAUUCCCUUUAUCCAAACCUACCUCUCACAACCACUUACCUGUUUUCCAUCAGUAUAAUUGUAUAAUUUUGUGAAUGUUACAAAAAUCAUUUUUACAACUGGAUUUUAUAU